AAAAGUAUACUCUUUAAAGGAAUGAGGCACCUCAAAGUCGCAAUCUUCUGGCCAUGGCUUUAGUUAGAUGAUUUUGAUGUUCGUACUGGUAAUGGACAAAUGUAGAAACUCUUGUGAGCGAAGUAAUAUCUGUAUGGUUAAUUGUACACAAAUGUAGUUAGUAGUACCUUUCACCAGUUGCUUCUCCCAGCAUAAGGCUAAAGAGUCCCCAUCAUCCAAACAAAUUGAAACACUCUUUUUAGAUUAAACAAUAAUGAAUUCUCAAAUAUCACAUUGUAUAUUUGACUUUCACGGAAAAAGGAUAACAAAAAUGGAAAAAAAUUUUUUUAAUUAAAAUGGAUAGUAGGAAUUUUCCUGGAAGGAGGUUUGUGUAUUUUUAGACUUUCUUGAUUACAAAGUAACCAGGCUCAUCCAUUUAUUUAGGCCAGUCAGUGUUGGGAACAGCAGCACAGUUGAACUCAAAACUUCUGUAAACAUGUCCUCGGAAAAGGGAAAGGAAAAGGAGCCUGCCUCCGACAAAAAGGGGUAUCGUUGCAGCACUUGCAAGAUAGGUUAUGACGUUGUGGACGAUCUAAUUGCGCACAGGAAUGCCACUCAUUCUCUGACAAAGCAGCAGGUUCGCAAAAACAGGAACACUAAUGCAGAAGGAAACAAUAAGGGAGUUGCUGGGAAGGCUGGCGGAGGUUCCAGUGGAUCGGCUUCUGGUGGAGGUAAGGGGAAGUAGAAUGCGGGCAACAAUGGGUUUUAUAAGUAGUUAAAUAUUUUAUACUCGGCUAGAAAUAAGACAUGUGAUUAUGAAUGAAAAGAAUGACGAAAUAUCAUGUAAAUAUCAAUGAAUAUUAUGAAGAAACAUCAUGUAAAUAUUAAUGAAUGAAUGAAGAAUUAUCAUGCAAAUAUAUGAUUGAAAAGUUCUAUGCAAACCUUCAAUUUGUUCGAUAACAGCACCUCUAUAUGAAAUAAAACAGAUUUAAUGAGCUGUAGCCUCUAUUCGAAUGCUUUUGCUUAAUUUGGUGAUCAGCAAUGCACCUUAACCGUCACAUUUUAGACCUGGGUGCUUUCUCCUGCAUGUGGUGUGCCUUUUCUGUCCAGUUACAGAAUCGAUUUCCUUCUGUUGACUUGUGAACAUUUUUAUUCUUCUUUCAAAAUUCGUUUCGAGAUAUGUUAAGUAGAUGAUAUUAAUUUAGUUUGGAGACGUUAUUUUCAAGCUUAAUAAAUAAUUCUAUAGAAGUGAUUGUAAAAGAUCCUGGCAGAGUAGGGAACUGCCAAUUGUAACAUGGAAUGAUGUGUGCACCACUAGAAAUCAAUGUGGGCUUGAAGUUUUGUUUUUGAGGAAUGAAGUUGGGAGGUAUAUUUGGAUGAAAUUUGGAGAUGGCAGGCAAACAUCACUGUUUAUUGAUUGGUGGGUAGGGGAAUGUAGGCUGGCUGAGUGUUUACAAGGGGUUGACCUGAGUAUAUGGGGUAGAAAUUCGUAGGUGAAGGAAUGGCAACAAAGUGGUCUUUCCAGA